AGCGAUGGGGUCAGGCGGUUCUCCAUGGCCAAUUACGAGCAUUCGUGGUCCAGUAUGACCGCCGAGGACGAGUCGAUGCUGGAGAUGCUGGAGACCAUUGCGCGGACGCUGGCUACGGCAGAUGUUCCCUUAGAGCAGUUCCAUGCCGAGGCAGCACCAGGUCAAUGGGAGUUUGUCCUGCCGCCUGCGUGGCCCAUCCAGGCCGCUGACAUGCUGAUCAGGGCUCGUGAGACAAUCAAACGAGUUGCAAACUCGUUCGGGUAUCAUGCUACAGUGUAUUCGCGCCCAUCAUCUGUCCAUCCCGGUAACGGGGGUCACGUACAUUUGUCAGUAAAUUCUGUGGGCAAACCAGAGAAUUGGGUCCGAAAGGCAGAAUCUUUCUUCGCAGGUAUCAUGAGCCAUAUGCCCGCCAUCAUGGCGUUCUCCUUGCCUCAGGAUAUCAGCUAUAGUCGUGUCGCACCUGGGCUUUGGAGUGGCGGCGAAUACGCCUGCUGGGGGUGGGAGAACAAGGAGGUUCCGCUUCGUCGCAUCGAGGAGAAUCAUUUCGAGUUUAAGCUGGCUGACGGCCUCGCAAAUCCUUAUCUCACUUUGUCCGCAAUGAUCGCCGCUGGAAUCGAUGGGAUGCGGAGUCAAGAACCUCUGCAGGGAGGUGACUGCGUGACAUCUGCAUCAGAGCUGUCGCCGGGCGAGCGGCAGGCACUGGGGAUCAAUACGAUCCUGCCGAAAUCACUCGACGAGAGUUUGAUUAAUUUGGAGAGGGACCUUGCUUUGCGCAUACUGUGUGGCCCAGAGAUCAUCAGCACCUAUGUGUUAGUCAAGCGGACGGAGGCAAAGAUACUGCGCCAGAUGGCGGAGGAUGAUCGAAAGAACUGGCUGAUUGCGAGGUACUAAACAGACAGCCCGCCUUUUGACAAGUGAAAUUAUAGAGGGCUUCAACAGAAGAACGAUGCCGGACUGCGCAGAAAACGCAGUUGGCUGUUGACAGUCUUGGUUCUAUGGGAGGCUGGCUGCCUGUGGCGAAUGGAGCGCAGUACUCAAGAGUUGUAAGAUACUUCGCAGGUACCAUGCAGCGACGGAGUUCUCAAGGUUCAACUACCCUUAUCUGAUAGUAUCUAAAAGCAAACUCCCAUGACAGACAUGAGCAGAAUAUUCUGCGGUCUUUUGCCCGCCGCUGUUGUUUUGUUUGUGCGUAUGACUGUUCCUCCUGCUUCUAUUCGCCCCCAUUUUCCCCUCUUGUUGAGCUGACCCUGUACGUUUUAUGCGUCCAGUGCCCAUUCCUUGCCGCUUGGUGCUUUAGUUCUAGCUUUGAUGCGUGAGCAGCUUCUCCACGUCCCCAUAGCCAUUCUUUAU